CCUUUUGAAAUGUCUAAAACUGAAAAGUGACAAGGUCAACAAGGAGGACAAUAUUGCGCAAGUUCUUUUGGGGAUUUGGUAGAAAGGAACUUUGGAUAGGCGGAAACAACCUGGUUGUAGGGGAGGAGGAAAGGGAGGUGCAAACAGUACUAUAUAUCUAAAUGUAUUUACUGCUUGACACAACAACCCAGAACCUGACUGAGGACAAGACUUGAAUCUUCUCACUCACAGGAUCAGAGGUUGCAGCCAUGGAACUGGUGUCGACAUCAAUUGGCAAUUUUACAAUUGAUCUUUUCAAGAAGGUGAAUGAGACCAAUAAGGGCAAAAACAUAUUCUUUUCCCCUUGGAGUAUAUCAACUGCUCUGGCUCUGACGUACCUGGGUGCAAAAGGCGAUACAGCAACAGAGAUGGCAGAGGUUCUUCAUUUUGUUCCAGCAGCAGGAGCUGAAGGAUCUUCUUCUGUGGCCAGACCUUGUCGGGGGAAACCAAAGAAAAGAAAAAUGGAUCCUGAGUACCAGCAAACUGAAGAUAUCCAUUCUGGCUUCAAAGAGCUCCUUACUGUCAUCAACAAACCCAGAAGCACCUAUUCACUGAGAAGUGCCAACCGCAUCUAUGUGGAAAAAACCCUUCCAUUAUUACCUACAUACAUACAGCUCAGUAAGAAGUACUACAAAGCAGAGCCACAGAAGGUUAACUUUAAGACAGCACAUGAACAAGUCAGAAAGGAAAUCAAUGCUUGGGUUGAAACUCAAACUGAGGGCAAAAUCAAGGAUUUGCUGCCUUUGCCGGAGACAGUAACCGCUCUCACCAGGCUGAUCCUGGUAAAUGCUAUUUACUUCAAGGCAGACUGGGAAAAGAAAUUUCAGGCAAAUAAUACAAAAACGCAACCUUUCCGACUGAGCAAGAGAAACACCAAGCCUGUGGAGAUGAUGUACAUGAGAGCUACAUUUCCAGUUCUCAUCAUGGAAAAAAUGAAUUUCAAAAUGAUUGAGUUGCCGUAUGUGAAACGUGAACUCAGUAUGUUCAUCCUCCUUCCCGAUGACAUCAGAGACAGCACUACGGGUCUUGAACAGCUGGAAAGAGAACUGACGUAUGAGAAGCUGUCUGAAUGGACUGACUCCAAGAAGAUGACCGAAACUCUUGUGGAUCUGUACCUACCUAAGUUCAAAAUGGAGGAGAAAUAUGACCUCGGUGAUAAUCUGAUCGACAUGGGAAUGGGCGCUGCCUUCGGUCACGAUGCUGACUUCAGCGGAAUGGUUGCGAAGGGUGAUGUGCAUAUCUCCAAAGUUUUGCACAAGUCUUUUGUUGCAGUUGAUGAGAAAGGCACUGAGGCAGCUGCUGCUACUGCUGUAAUUAUAUCAGUAACAAGUGCACCUAUUAACCAUGUUCUGGAAAUUAAGAUUGACCACCCCUUCCACUUCUUCAUUAGACACAAUGCAUCCAAGAGCAUCCUCUUUUUUGGCAGAUUCUGCUGUCCCCCAUAAUGAGCUAUUACUUGCUCCCAGAUAGCACCCGAGGUUCACUGUAUGAUGGAAAAAUGUGAUCUGCAGUCUUAAAAUCUCAAUGUUAAGCCAUAUAGCCAUAUAUACUGAAAGUGUAUUUCCUUUUUCUCCCUCCCAAGUAAGGUAGCACCUGGAAACCACCCUGUGCUUCAAAGACUACCCUUCUGCUGCUUCUUUCCAUUGUCCUAAUGAGACAACCCUUCACAAAAAACAGUGUAGAAUUUUGCUCCCGUGCAUCAAACCUGCUGUUCCAGCUUUGUUGUUUGAAAGUAAGGUGGAGCCAUAAAAGCUCUCUGCACACAGGCCAUCAUCUAGCCCUAUGCCAAAUGCUGACUUCAAGGGAAAUGCAAUUCAUCUUCUUGAACCUCCUAGAGAGGAAAAAAAUCCCUGAAAAAAACCAAACCAAACCAAACCAAACCAAACCAAACCAAACCAAACCAAACCAAACCAAACCCCACCAACAACCUUGGAGAAAUCUGUAUGCUUUCCUUUUCUCAUUGGAAAAUGUGCAUUUGCCUUACAAUUACAGUUUCCUUAUGUUCAUUUCAAAUUUAAAGACUCUUGGAAAUUAUCAAAAUUUAAUAUAAACCCACAAUAACCUCCAAAUGCCCCUUACCUUCCCCUGUCUCACCAGAUUUAUACAGACACUUUACAUUCCUUUUCUCCUGCUCUUGCAGCUUAUGAAAAAAAUGAAGCAGCAAGGGAAAACAGUCCAGCCCUUAACAUUUAAUCUCUGAUUCUAAUAACCUUGUAUUUUUUCCUCAUUUUUCUAAACUUUGUAGUUUAAGGUUGAUGAGACUUCCAACUAGCAAAAAUGCUAAGAAAGCUAUGAGCAACAUGACACCUUGCUGACUCUUACUGAUAUACAAUAAAAAACCUUCAGAAUUCAAAUCUGCUUCCUCUUUUUAUUUUACCUGCUUCCUGGCUAAUAUCUGCACAACUUCCAACAAUACCUGUAUUAUUGAUCAAUGUAGGAUUUGUAUCUUAUGAGGGCAUCUCAGCAAAAAUAAUCAUAGCAUUGACAGAAACACCAGUGAGAUUUUGAUUGAUGCUUUGCUUUCAAAUUUUACCAUGACCUGCAUUUAAUAAAAUAAAUUAACUUGGA